AUGGCAGGACCUGGUAAUGACAAGUGCAGCAGGUCAGUGGUUUGCAGUGAUGACCCUCCACCUCUGAGUAUUACACUGAAGGAGCUUGGAGAUUUGCCAAAGAAGUUGGAACGUUGGGACAAGGAAUAUCCCCCUGUUGACAUUCUGCUUUUGACUGUGGAGGAUUGCGAGUUCUUGGCUUGUUAUCAUUACUUGCGAGAUUCCUUUAAAAGCUAUGAGAAAUCCAUUGGAUUUGUGUACUUUGGAAAGAUGGGUGACGAUGAAGAUGAGUCACUGAAAGUUGCUUUAGUGAAGUGUUCUAAAGAAUCCUUGGAUCCUGGAGGUUCUCAAACUGCUGCUAAGAAUGCUGUCACACUCCUGAGACCUAAGGCUACCUUUUUGGUUGGUUUCUGCUACAGUUUGAAUCCUGACAAAGCCCAGCUAGGAGAUGUGGUGAUAUCCUCAAAGCUUACAACAGAGUUUCACAAAACCCCAGUGAGUAGGGAUGUUGGUAACCUUGUCAGAAAUGCAGCUGAUGGAUGGAAGGCACCAUUAGAUAACUCAAAAGGGCGAAAGGUCAAAGUACAUCAGGAUGGAGAGAUUUUAAGUUGCUCUGAUCUGAUUGGUGUUAAACAGCAGUGUCAAUCACACCCUGGGGCAAUUGCAAUUGAAAUGGAAGGAAAAGGCCUGUUUGCAGCAGCUCAUGACAUGAAGAUGGAGUGGCUUGUUGUUAAAGGUAUUUGUGGUUUUGUUCAUGGCGUUGCAUCUACAAGCCAUUCAUGGAAGACAUAUGCUUGUGUUAUGGCAGCUUCUGUUGUAUCCAACAUGUUGAGUAACUCUUUUGUGUUUGGAGACUGGCCUCAUUACGGAGACGUUUCAACAGGAGAGGAGAGUUGUAAAACUGAUGAUCCUUCAGAAAAUAAACGUAGAAGGCUUGCAGAACAGUUGAAUGUUGAGAAGUGCCAAAAGAAGCUUAAGUCCUAUUAUGACACCUCCAGUGAGGUGAAAAUCGUUCCAUGGGACGACAGCUCUUCUGUUCCGAUAGAUGAGGUCUACACUCCGUUGAAUUGGGUGAGAGAUCACAGGAAGCCUGGCGGAGUGACACAAAAGGAACUUCGAGACUACACCGACAUGUUCAAGGGAGAACAUAAACGAAUGCUUGUUUACGGGCGACCAGGAAUUGGCAAGAGUACGUUUUGUAAAAAGGCUGCAUAUGACUGGUCGAAAGCCUUAAAAGAAAUCCUAAACAACUUUUCCAUUUUGCUUUUGAUUAAGUUGAGAGAUGUGUGUGACGUGGGAAACAUCCGUGAUGUUUUACGUGCGUCUAAAUUGCUGGCCAGUGAUGGUCCGAUCUCAGUUGAUAGUCUCUAUGAUUACAUAACUAACAAUCAAGAUAAAGUGCUUCUUAUUUUGGAUGGCUACGAUGAGUACAGCUGUGCAAAAGAACACUCACCCAUCCUUGAAAUUUGGAAGGGCGAGCAACUAAGAGAUUGUCACGUUAUUGUCACCACGCGACAACUUAAAUGUGACGAGUUAAAAUGCCCCGGCCGCGUUCAGUUAGAAAUUCAAGGUUUUAAAAGCUGGAAACAAAUCGGAACCUUUGCGAGAAAAUUUUUGGCAGGUGAACAAGAUCUUGACGAGUUUAUGUGCUACCUGGAAGAAAAAGGUCUCCGUGACAUGGCAGAAAUACCUCUCCUUCUACUAAUGCUGUGCCUUUUGUGGAAAGAGAAACAUCGUGAAAGACGGCCAAAAUCACGGGCCGACAUAUUCACACAAUUCAUCCAAACAAUGCUAGAUCACAAAGGUGAAAGUCAACAGCCUAUGCCAUUUCAGAAAGUGACCUCAACAGAAGCCAGAGAAGACCUUAGUAACCUUGGAAAAGUUGCCUUUGAAGCGCUUCUGCAAGACCAUCUUUACGUACGCUGCAGCGAACUCCCCAGCAAUAUUUCAAGAAGUUUUGAAAAAUUAAGUGAAGUUGGGCUUUUCCAGAUUGUCAAUCUUACGAGUCUCAAUCCUGAGAAAGGGGCCUAUUUCAUUCAUAAAUCCGUACAGGAGUUCCUUGCAGCCUGGCACAUUAAGGAGGAAGUGUUGUCGAUUAAAGGAGAAAGUACGCCUAGCCUUUCCAAAGUUGAAUCAUUUGAAAAGAUCGUGAAGAUGAAUGAAGUUCUGAAAUUUGCUUGUGAGCUGUCAACAGAGGCCGCGUGUGCAGUUUUCCGUCAUGUAGGGUCUGUUGGAAGAAAGGAAUCUUUGUCGGAAUGUGAUUUCAUCGAUCUGCUUCAGCAGCUUGAAAAACGGUUGUCUCGAGAUCAACAGCUUUAUUUAGAGCUUAUCUCGCAUAGCUAUAUUUGGUGUUCGGCCGAGAAGAGGCAGGAUCUCUGUUCGAUGUUUCCCUCUUACACUGGAGAUGUUUUGUUACUUGAUUCUAACCAGCUGAACAUUACUGCUAAUAGACACGUGCUGAAAUCUGCCGUGAUACCCAACUUCAUUUUUUUCAAACACAAGAAAGAGGAUUCCGAGAAAAACUAUCGAGACUUAAUCACUUUAGCGGAGGACACAGGUGCUGUUGUUUUGAGCUGUUCGGGUGAAAAAAAAGCCGCAGAUUUUCUAAAGAAGUGCCCACGUCGUCCUUUGAAAGAGUUCCUCUUGAAGAGAGAGAGAAAAAUUAUCCUUUAUGUUUAUCAAAUAUGGAAAGAAGAUUUUGACACUUUUCCGACUGAAAUGCUGCGAGAGCUCAUUUCAUCAACAACAGAGUCUACUCUGGUGAAGCGCAUCGGUGAUCCGUUGAAUGAACAGGACAACGAAACAGCUUCGUGUUUGACUAAAAACACUAAUCGCAUCACUGAUCCGACUCCAAACAGCCUUUCCUGUGUGAGGAACAUUAAUAUUGCCAACUUAGAAAGGCAAGAGAUGAAGGUACUGGCUGAUUGCUUACCAGUUUGCACUUCUCUGCGGUGUUUAUUUAUUGCUGGUAAACCGUGUGAAACCAUUGAUGCUCAGUUGGCAGAGACCCUGGUGUCUCAUAUCAUCUUCACUAACAGACUCGUGAGAUUAAAACUUGAAAAUAUCAAUUUAACAGCCAAACCUGCCGCAGCCAUCGCCAGAUCUCUGCACCAGGCUCCUAGCCUGCGCUAUCUCAACUUGUCACAUAACCCUCUUGGUGAAGGAGUAAGUGUUCUCACUCGACAUCUCUGCUGUGUUCCUCACCUGGUGGCGCUGUCGCUUGAUGAUGUUACAAUGACAAAGCAACAGGUGAUAGAUUUGAGUGCAGCUUUACGUCAGAGUAACAUCCCCUGGUUGCGGACACAAUACCACGGUGGCAAAGGUAAUGUCAAACCUGAAGAAGAAUGGCCAACAGAUGAAUACUGGAGAGAGCAUAGGAGCUACUGGUAUGGAUCAGAAGGAGAGCCAGAUCCUGGGUCAGUUACUGACUCAGGUGAUGAGCAGGAGCCUAGGUCCUAUCUGGAAAUGUAACAGACCAGGAUUGGCUCAGUAGACUGCUUGUAACUAGAGAAACUUACCAUUGGUCAGAACUGGCUGACCAGACCAGUCCAUCCACUGAAAGAAUUCCUUCAGAUCUGUUCAGCUAGAGAAGUCAAUUCCGAAGUUGUAUUCACUGUUUGAUGGAAAUUUGGAAAAACAUUUGGGAAACCUGAUUAAGCAAAACACAUUUCAAAAUGAUUGGUUGGCCUGGUAGGUUUUUGACCAAUGGUAAGAGACUUCGGUGUUGUGAUCGAAUGUACAACCAAUCAACGGUUGGAU